AUGGUUAGGACCAGAGGAUUAGGUCGUGCCUUAGGUCAGGUCACUCGCAGAGGUGUGGGCAGAGGAGAUCAUGAUGAUUCCGAUGAUGCUCCACAACGUCGACGACCUACUGCAUCCGCACGGAGGCAGCGAGUCGCUGUGACUGCGGAUCACGUCGAUGACCCAGUCAUCCCUGACCCAGAUGUUCAGGAUGAUCCGAUGGAGGCACCAGCUGUUGUGGAGGGCAUUCUUGCGGACGCAGGCGCAGAGGCGGCUGAGGAUCAGCCUCAGGGAUUUCCGGGUGGUCCGAGCGGCCCAUCUGUGCUAACAACAUAUGCGGAUCACGUUGCUCGCAGCCGUCCUGAAUUGAAGUUAUCCUCGCAUGGGAGGAAGGUCCAUAGUUUAGGCAGGUCUGUCCCUGCCAUUGAGGGACUUAUCGUUGGUACAGGACUAAGUCCUUUGAUCGCGUGUUUCGUAGACACCGGCGAUCGAGGACUUUUGUCUGUGUUUGUGGAGCGGUGGCAUCGGGAGACGUCUAGUUUCCAUCUCCCGGUGGGUGAGCUUACCAUCACAUUGGACGACGUCUCCUCUCUUCUCCAUCUUCCCGUUAUAGGCGACUUUCACGCAUUUGAGCCCUUGCACGUGGAUGAUGCGGUUCAGAUGCUGGUGGACUUGUUGAUGCGCCAAUGCCAGGCAGGUCAUUGGACAGCUGCGGCUCGUGCAUAUCUUCUUCACCUACUGGGUUGCACUCUGUUUGCUAACAAGAGUGCAACCAAUGUCCAUGUUGUCUACUUGGAGGCCCUUCGUGACCUCAGUAUGACAGAGAGGUACGCUUGGGGAGUGGCUGCUUUGGUUCAUAUGUACGACCAGCUGAACGAUGCAUCCAUGAGCCACAGUCGACAACUUGGCGGUUACAUCACACUGCUGCAGUGCUGGAUUUACGAGCACUUUCCCUCAGUUCCGGAGUCCACUGCUGAUCAGGACUACGACGAGGCUUCUCCGCGUGCGUGCAAGUGGAUUGCGACAAAGAAGACCGUCAAGAGCAUUCGCACGCCGUCGUACAGGGAGCGCCUGGACCGACUCCGGAUUCCAGAUGUCUUUUGGUUACACGCAGACCAUUCUUGCUCCUCCUGUCGAUUCAUGGGUCUCAUAUGA